AUGAAUGUUCAUUGUCCUACCAUCAUCAUCAUCAUCAUCAUCAUCAUCAUCGUUGUCGUCGUCGUCAUUACUACAAACUCCAACCACCUGAAGGCCCUGAAAUCUGGGCCCUGGGAGGCCUCUGCCCUUGGUGGUAGCAGGUUGCUAGACAACGGCACUAGGGAGCCUGGUUACAGCUGCCUGGAAGAGGCUAACUCCAUUCGGCACAACCUGUCUCUGCACACUCGUUUUAUCCGAGUGCAGAACGAGGGCACAGGCAAGAGUUCUUGGUGGAUGCUGAACCCCGAAGGUGGCAAGACGGGCAAGACACCCCGGCGCCGUGCUGUAUCUAUGGACAAUGCCAGUAAAUUUCUGCGCAUCAAGGGUAAGGCCAGCAAGAAGAAGCAGAUUCAGGCGGUUGGGCCUGAGCGGGGGCCCCACAGUCCACCAGGGGUCCCCCCACCUGCUACCAAGUGGUCAUCAAGCCCUGUCUCCCACGGCCCUGGCCCUGGCCCUGCUGGCAGUGAUGACUUCGAAGCUUGGGCUGAUUUCAGGGGCCGGCCCCCACCUCCACCCCCACCAGGGUUGGGCUCUCGAAUCUCCCCACUGCUGGCGGGCGGGGGGCAGCCAGAUGAGCUGGAAGAUGAGGAGGCAGCCCCUUCCUCUCCACUCAUGUACCCUAGCCCCUCCAGUGCCCUGUCACCAGCUCUAGGUGCCCGCUGCUCUGUAGAGCUGCCCCGGCUAACUGACCUGGCCGGGCCUCUCAGCCUCCAUGAGCCGGGCCUGGCCGACAGCCUCCUGGAUGAUCUCCGGGAUGGCUAUGGCCUGAGCCCACCCCCCCCACCGCCACCUGGUUUACGGGGCCGUGUUCCCCCAGCCCAUGGCUAUGCCUUCAGUGCCAAGUGUGGGGGUGCAGCUGGUGGCAGCAGUGGCUUGGGGGGCUCCUACUGCGGGACGAUCUACAGCCAGCCUGCCUUGGGUCCACUGCGCCGCCUGCCCAUGCAGACGAUCCAAGAAAACAAGCAGGCGGCCUUCGCACCCUUCCGGCCGGGUCCUCUGCAGGGCCUGCUGGCCUCCCCCGCCGGGCCGCCCCCUCUGCCCCCGGCCAGGCCCCACAGAUCUGGCUCCCUCCUGGGCGGGGGCCCCGGGGAGCUGGGGCUCUCGGCAGCGGCGGUGUAUCCAGCCCACGGCCACCCCCCGCCCAGCCACAGUGCCUUAGCUCACCCCAUCAGCCUUAUGACGCUGCCUGGCGACGCCUGCGGUCUUGGAGGACUGGCCCACCCCGGCCAUCCGGCCCCCUACGGGAGCGGAGGUGGGCCGGCGGGCCCCGCAGGCCUGCUGGAGGCAGCGCUUCAGGGCCCUUACACAGCGGGCACCGGGGGUCACGUGCCGCUGGCCGGCCAGGACCGCUUCCCUGCUGACCUCGACCUCGACAUGUUCAGCGGGAGCCUCGAGUGUGACGUCGAGUCCAUCAUUCUCAAUGACUUCAUGGACAGCGAUGAGAUGGACUUCAACUUUGACUCGGCUUUGCCCCCACCACCCAGUGGCUUGGCCGUGGCCGCCCUGCCCAGUGGGCCCCCGCCCCCCAACCAGAGCUGGGUGCCGGGCUGAAGGAGGCCCCAGGGGGAAGGGGGGCUCCGGGACUCCUGCCUGCUCCUGGGGACCGUUCGGGAGCCAGCCCCUCCCUCCUGGGCCCCACAUCUCAUCACCUGGACUGCCACGGCUCCUGGAGGGGCUGGCCUGGGCCGGGCUGGGCUUGGGAGACCCCGUCUUGCUGCUGCCAUGGGGAGGAGAGGGGCCUAGCCCAGCUCCCCCAAGCUCCCCCGCACAUCCCUGGCGGGUCCCCCGUCUCCCUCCUGCUGCACAGCUCCCCCUCUCCCUGGCCCGACGAGGGAGCACCGGGUCCAAGCCCUAGCCGCCCAGACUCCUGGGUCCUAGAGAGCCAGACCACAAGGGGCCUGCAGGGAGGAGGGAAGGCCCGAGGCCCCAGCCGCCCCCCUUGCCCGCCCCCAGGCCUCACCCCCAGCUGGGCCCGUUUCGUGCCGCUGUGCAGUACAGUGGGGUUGUCGUGUCCGCUCUGUGUGGUGAUAAGCGUUGUGUUCCUCCUCGGGUCAGGAAAGGCUGGAGAGGCCUGGGGGCGGGGGGCAGCCGGGACGGAGCGAAGCCAGGAGGCUCCAAGGCUACCUGCCGGCGGCCCGGGCCCGGGGUUCCUCCCUACUCAGCGAGUCCCUUCCCAAGCAGCCCCCACUGCUGCCCCGGCCAGGCGCUCUGCCUGCUCGCACCCAGCUCUCCCUCGGCUCUUCCUGCCGGGCCCUCCCCGCCACCCCCCUUCCCUCCGCCCCCCCACACCAACCCUCCCCCCAUAUUUAUAAGUGUCCAGUCCGGGUCUGGGGGGGAGGGUGGGCGCGGUCGUUUCCCGCGCAGAUAUCGUAGGCAGUGUACCGUGGCCGUGCCGUUAGCGUGUGUGUGCGUGUGCGUGUGUACCAUGUAAAGGCCGUGUAUAGUGCAUUGUACAGCAUAUUUUCAUGAAUAAAAUUGUUUUAAAUAUU